AUGACCACACUGAACAUCAUCGACAUGGACGGUCGUUGCCAAGCUUACCGCUUUGUGGCCUAUUCGGCCGUCACUUUCUCGAUCAUCGCCAUUCUUGGUGCUGCCACCACCCUGCCAAUGGUGUACAACUAUGUGCACCAUGUUCGACGCACCAUGCAAACCGAACUCGGUUUCUGCAGGACCUCCGCUCGUGCAAUCUGGUCCGAAGUCGGUGGCAUGAAGGCCCCCUCAAACCGUACAGCUCGUCAAGUCAAUGACUGUACCGCUUGCUGUACCGGAGGAGGUGCUGGACCAACUGGACAACCAGGACAGCCCGGAAGACCC